GCCCUGCCGCCCCUUUACGGAGUUUGCGUACUUCUUAUCCUCGCUCCCCCGGCGGACCGAGUUCACGCAGCUUACGUACGGGGUUUGCGCAGCGGCCGCGUACGGCGCGGCUCGGGCGCCCUAGCCGGCCACAGCCUUUCCCUGCCUGCUCGGCGGCGGUGCGCUGGCGGGCUCUGCCGGGUUUUAACCGGAAGGGGAAAAUGUCACUUUAUGAUGACCUGGGAGUGGAAACCAGCGAUUCGAAAACAGAAGGCUGGUCCAAAAAUUUCAAACUACUGCAGUCUCAGUUGCAGGUGAAGAAGGCGGCUCUCACUCAAGCAAAGAGUCAGAGAACAAAACAAACGACAGUCCUUGCUCCAGUGAUUGACCUGAAGCGAGGGAGCUCUUCUGAUGACAGACAGAUUGUAGACACGCCACCUCAUGUAGCUGCUGGGUUAAAGGAUCCCGUACCUAGUGGUUUUUCUGCAGGAGAUGUGCUGAUUCCUUUGGCUGAUGAAUAUGAUCCUAUGUUUCCCAAUGAUUAUGAGAAAGUAGUAAAACGCCAGAGGGAGGAACGACAAAGACAGCGUGAGCUGGAGAGGCAAAAAGAGAUUGAAGAAAGAGAAAAGAGACGUAAAGACCGGCAUGAAGCCAGUGGGUUUUCAAGAAGACCAGAUCCAGAUUCUGAUGAAGAUGAAGAUUAUGAGAGAGAGAGGAGGAAAAGAAGCAUGGGAGGUGCUGCCAUUGCACCACCUACGUCUCUUGUUGAGAAGGACAAAGAACCUGUACCAUCCUUUCCAUUUGAAGAGGAGUCAAGACCUCGUGCACCAUCUGCCAAAGCAGCUAUUCCUCCCCCGGUGUAUGAUGAGCCAGAAAGACCGCGGUCCCCAACAGGGCCUAGUAAUUCUUUCCUUGCUAACAUGGGAGGCACCGUAGCUCAUAAAAUCAUGCAGAAGUAUGGUUUCAGAGAGGGCCAAGGGCUGGGGAAGCACGAACAAGGGCUAAGCACAGCACUGUCAGUAGAAAAAACAAGCAAGAGAGGUGGAAAGAUCAUUGUUGGUGAUGCUGCAGAUAAAGUAGAUGCAUCCAAGAAAACUGAUUCGAAUCCAUUAACAGAGAUACUAAAGUGCCCGACGAAAGUGGUCUUAUUAAGGAACAUGGUAGGUGCUGGAGAGGUUGAUGAAGAUCUAGAAGGUGAAACCAAGGAAGAAUGUGAAAAAUAUGGCAAGGUUGGGAAAUGUGUCAUCUUUGAGAUUCCUGGUGCCCCUGAUGAUGAAGCAGUGAGAAUAUUUUUAGAGUUUGAGAGGGUUGAAUCAGCAAUUAAAGUGACCUGUUUUUGGCUUGGAUUCCAGCUGUGGUGGAUCUGAAUGGAAGAUACUUUGGUGGACGAGUGGUGAAGGCUUGUUUCUACAACCUGGAUAAGUUCAGAGUACUGGAUCUGGCAGAGCUAGUCUGAUUUAAGGACCUAGCUCCAGUUGUCACUGUGCCAGCGAUUGUGUUUUCAGCUGGAGGCUGGGAGUAGAGAGGAGACGGCAGCAUUCCAAACAAACUGGAAACAAGCCCUCUUGAAUGGAUUUUUCACAUUCAUUGUGACUGACGCUUGUUUUGUUUUGUUUUUAAGUAUAAAUCCUUUGAAAGAUUCA